AUGGCAGUACCCAAAUCAGCGUGCAUCAUCGUUGACUACAACAGCGAGCAGGGCAUGAGCGUUCCCCGCGGCGCGUGGCCGCGCCUGCAGCAGGGGGUGAACUUCCGGGAACCACUGACCUGCGCGAGAAGCGGCGCCGCGCGGCGCGAGCGGACCGCGGGCGCCGCUCCGGCGGCCGGCAGACUCUGGCAGCAAUAG